AUGCGGCCAGUCGUCCUGCUUUUUCUCGUCUUCCCUUGUCAGUUUUUUUAAAAAUUCAUACUCGAUUCAUGAAAAAAUAACCAUUUUUUUCAGUUCUUAAUGCUGAUGGUUGUAAUAAACGAUUUUUGAGCACUGGAAUUGUGUGCGUCUGCAAUGCGACUUACUGUGAUCAGGUGAAUUUUGAAAAAUUUUUUAAAGGCUAAUUAAAUCAGUUUUUUCAUCAAAAACACUAUUAGAAAAAAAAUAACCUUGUCUCUCAAAUAAAUAUUUCAAACUUAGGGAUCCCAGAGUGGUCACUUUAGGGGGGACUCUUAUAGGGGUCGAAAAAGUAGUCCCUAUAGGGGUAAAAUUAGGGGUCCCUAUAGGAGUUUAGGGCCUGACCCUUUAGCCGCAAAUCUCAAGUGGACUCUAUAGGAGUCUUUGAAUUUUAUUUAAAAAUGUUUUUUUUUUCAUUUUUCCAUGGAAACGCUUCUUCGCUUAGAGUUCAUAUUAAUUAUCGACUACCAUGUUUCCUGAAACCCCCAUAGGGACCACUUUUGCAAACUUUAGUGCAAACCCUUUAGGGGCUGGUAAAAUGGUCGCUAGAGGGGAUCCUCGAAAGGCCUCUAAGGUUGCCCCUAUAGGGAUCACUCUGGAGUUUUUCAAAAAGAAAAGCAUUAAGAUCCCGCCUCCGAACGUCGUCAAGGGACAUGCGGCCCUGUACGAAUCCUCGAAAAGUGGAAAAAGAUUGGACCGAUCAGUUUUGACUUCUGUUGGAACUCAGCCAAGUGAUUUCUCUCUCGAAAAAAAAGUUAUGAAUUCUUGAUUUCAGGCGGAGAUGUCGUCAUCACGUUGGAUCCGUCAAAAAAAUACCAGAAAAUGAUUGGUUUUGGAGCGGCUUUCACUGAUGCCACAGGUUGGGGAAUAAUUUCUAGGGGUCUUUUCAGGGUUUUGAGCUUUCAGUAGACCUUGAAUUAGGGACCGCAAGCCAUUUCUUCAGAACGAUUCAAAAAAUAUGUUUUUCACAUUGUUCGAUAGAGGAGACUGUCCAUUUUCAUAAUCCGUUUAGUGUUUAAAAAAAGCUCCACUAAGAAAAAAGUUAUGGCCAAAAAACGAGCGCGCGCGGCGUACAACUGGAGGCAAAAUCUCACGGUUUACCCGCUGCCGCACGCUUUCUUUUUAAAUGUUUUUACGCGUUUCUGGACCGUUUUUAAAGCGGUUUUCUGUUUUGAGAGGUUGUCCGAACUGAGCCUCAUGUUUUGGUAUGAAUCUUUUGUACAAUCCUCAUAAGAAUUUUUUUGAUAAAAUAUCAAAAAAACUACCUAGAAAAAGGUCAAAGGGAUUUUUUUCAGCUUAUUUUUUUCUUUUUUUCUACUCAGAAAAAAAUUAUUAUCAUUCGAUUUGGAAAAAAAGAAAAAAAUGAAAAAAAUAAUGUUAUUUCGAAAUAAAACAGGAAAAAAAGUGCAAUUUGACUCCGAAAAAAACGGCUCCUGCAACAUUUAAAAGGGCGCAUCGGUGUGUUUGACGCAAACACUGCUACGGACACUUGCACGAAAUCUUCCGAAAUUUCAAAAAAAAUUGCUAUUUUUUCGAGGUUUUCAAAGCCGUUAUUUUUUUCGCGUCGAUCGAUUUUUUUCAUAAUUUUUUCAUUGGUAGAGUUUUGAACGCUUAAUAACAUAAACAAAAGUAUAGACGCGAUCCUAUUCUCUCAUGCGUCAACGAGGCAGGCGAAAAAAAGGAGGUUUUGGUAAAAUUCAAAUAUAAUUUAAUUCGCUGUCCCAAUAAUUAUUUUUCAUUUUUGAAUUUUUUUAUUUUUUUGGACACACUGUUAGUUUUUUUAAAUCGAAUAAAAAAAGUAUACCAUGUCGCUGAAAUUUUUUUCGCAUUUCAGCUUCAAAGUUUGGUGUCACUUUACAAGCUUUAAUAUUUUUUUCGCGUCGGUAGAUUUUUUUAUUUUUCACUCAAAAAAAAUAAAGAAAGUGUAAAUGUAUAACAUACUUAAAAUUUAGAAGCGUUCCUCACUUGGUUUUCUGAAACGCGACGUUUUUUUGUGAAACUUGUCAGUUUUUUUCGUGUUAAAUCUUACUUUUUUUCGCUUAUUUUUUUGAAAAAAAUACAUAGUUUUUAAAAAUAUUUCAGUCUUGUAGAGCGUUGUCGAUUACAUAGGUUAACAGAAACAGUUCCUUUUUAAAGUGGGCCUUUAGCUAGUAUAAACGCCUCAAAACCGUUUUUGCAACAAAAAAAUCGUCAUUUUGGUGGCGUGAAGGGGCGGGGCUUUGCGCCCCCUACCUUGAAUCAAUCAAAUGAUAUUUUCGGCCUUCUUGGAGUUCUUAGAAACCUUUUAGGGUCUUUUGAAGGGGUCUGAACCUCUAGUUAUCCCUCUAGGGGUCGGAAAGACGUUUUCAGACUUUCAGAAGUGUAAGAGGCCACUUUAGUGAAUUCUAGAAGCUUAGUUGACUUACGCCUUCUCUUGAGAAAUUCAGAAAAGUCAGUCUUCGCAUAAAUCUUGAAAAAGGGCGAGAUCUUGAGACUGAAAAAAUCAAAAAAUUUUAAACUCAAGCCAAAAAUUAAUUAUUUUCUACCACGUUCAAGAACUAUUUCAGGAAGCUAUCAGAAAUUUUGUCGAAAGUCGAAAUCUGUAAUAAAGUGCCUUUCUGAAUCUCUUCCUUGUUGAUAUGAUUUUUCGAUAAAUCCGUUGAAAAAAAGUCCCUGAAGGGACCACUCAAAGAGUGAAGAGAAGACUGUUUCAGUGACUUUUUUUCAAUAAUCAUUUAAAAGACUUAUAAGAAAAAAAUAUUUCAGUUUUUUUAUUAAAAAAAUUAUUUCUUAUUGAAGGAGCCAACCUGAAAAGCUUGCCAAACAACAUGGCGAACAGACUCAUUCAGCAGAAUUUUUCUCCGGAAGGUUUUUCGAAACCACAAAUUUUUAGAAAAAUCAAAUGAUUUUCCAGGACUCGGUUACACCCUCGGGCGGGUCCCAAUUGCUAGCUGCGAUUUUUCCACCCGAGUUUACAGUUACGACGACGUCGAUGGAGACUUCUACUUGAAUAAUUUCGCUCUAGUUAGGGAAGAUUUCCAGUGGAAGGUUUUUGUAAAUUAGGAAAGUAAUGGAAAAGAUACUUUCAGAUCCCAUACAUCAAAAUGGCUCAGCAGUUCUCCAACUACAAGUUGAAGCUUAUCGCGUCGCCCUGGGCCGCUCCAGGUUUCGACUUUAUCAUUUCAGAUCAUUUAAAAAGUAAUUUUUCAAAGAAAACUUGUAGUAUUUAGUAACACCGCAGUGUUCACUAGAGUUAAAGGGAAAAAGAGACCCUAUACGGCGUUUUUUCGACGACGCCACGCCCACUUUUCUCCGUAAAGUCUCGUGUUUCGUGUGCAUGCACUGCGCCGCUCUCGUGCAGAAAAAAUGCGUUUAUGUAGGGAGAAGUGGAUUCGUCUCAAAGACCUCUGGCAAUGCGUCCGCCUGCGCCUUUGAUAUGCCCUGCUAUAUGCGCUCUCAGAGCCUAUGACGUCACGUGGGAAUGGCGGAGGUUUUGACCCCGCCCACCUUGUUUUUGGCUCGCAUUUUCUUCUACUAGCAAAAACGCCGUGACAGAGGACAAAAUAGUGACGCAUACAGGGCGAUAAUUUAACUGGUCCCUAUAGAGGUGACGAGUCUGACUCCUGAGCCCCUUAAGUUCAACUGGUCCCAAUAAUGGUCUUUUGAUUUUUGUUCUGAUCUGAAUAUUGAAAAGGUAAUAAGCUCCCCUAGAGUGGUCGCUUUUGCAAGCUUUAGUGCCCCAAUAGGGGGAGGUAAGGCGGUCUCUAGAGGAACCUUCAAGGGCCUAAGAGGUUGCUCCUCAAGGGACCACUUUGACGUUCAAAACUCUUCUUAAUGUAACAGAAAAAGGUUUCUAGGCGAUGAGAUUCUCAGCGUUUUUUUUAGGUUCUUUCACCUCUAGACCUUUCUAGGCACCUUUAAACAUCCGAGAAAGAAAUUUCGAACUAGCUAACUUUACCCUGAAAAUGGGUGUCGAUCGAAUUUAUAUAAGCUGCGGUCGCGUUGCGGCUUGCGAAGCGGUCAAAAUUUUUCGACUUUUUGCAUCUUUCUGUCUCAAAAUUCUUGCCGAAGGUUUCCUAAAGUGGUCAAAACCUUGAAUUAUAUAGGAGCUCAAGAUUUUCUUUUUCGGCAGGAAUUCCGAUCCGCCCGGGACAAAAUCAAGCGAAAAAAAAUCUUCAGUUUGUUCAUUUCUUUUCAGGUUGGAUGAAAACCAAUGGGCAAAUGCAGGACGGCGGCCAACUUCUCGGCGAUUUCGGCGGCCCCUACUGGCAAACCUGGACCCAUUAUCUGAUCCGCUUCCUCGAGGAGUACGGCAAGAACGACAUCAGCUUCUGGGCGAUGACGCCGCAGAACGAGCCCGCCAACGGCAACAUCAAGGGCUAUCCGUUCCAGACGAUGUUCUUGUCUCCGGAAAUGGAGAGGUUAUAUCGAUUUGAAGCUUGAAAUCGCCUCGAAAUGUUGGGAUUUUGAGCUUUUACAUAGGUCCUAGUGAUUUCCUUCAGCCAACUAGAGAUUUUCAAGGAAUGGUCGUCGAACAGCUUCAGAAUUACAGAGACUUUGUGAAAUCGCUCCUCGGCCCAGCCCUCCGUUCCUCGAUCUACGGGAAGAACGUGUCGAUUAUCAUCGUCGACGACAACAGGAACCAGAUUCCAACCUACGCCAACGUUGUGAGCAUCGGCUUGUCGUCCACCAAUAUUUCCAUGAAUCAGAUCCUCGCCGACAUCGAUGCCGCGGUCUACGUCGCGGGCAUCGGAGCCCAUUGGUACAGCGACGAUUACUUUGGUCCCGAACUCCUGACCCAAGUCCACAACUCCUUCCCCGACAAGUUCAUCCUCGGAACUGAGGUGGGGGAAGAAUCAGCAAGAUUUAAAUAGUCAUAAGCGAACUGUGAAUAACAAAAUAUGCAUACUUCAAUAGGUGAAGCUUUUGGGAAAUGUGGUUCUUUCUAAAUUUCUCAUUUUUCCAGUCGUGUCCAGGCUGGCAGAGCUGGGCGGUCAAGCCUCUUCUAGGCUCUUGGGACCGAGCCGAGCAGAUCACCGCCGACAUCAUCGGCGACAUGAACAACUGGUCAACGGGAUUCAUGGACUGGAACAUGGCCUUGGAUCCCGCGGCCGGACCCAACUGGGCCAACAACUCGGCCGACGGCCCGAUCAUCGUCUUUGCCAAUCAGACCGAGUACUACAAGCAGCCGGUGUGGUACGCCAUGGGACAUUUCAGGUGAGGUUUGAAAAAUCUGAAGAGACGUUAAAGAAGUGAGAAUUUCUUGCUUCUCUGGCGUCUCUUCUAAUCGCUAAUGUCUCGCUUCCCUAUCUGAAAAAAGUAGGAUUUUUCUGCGCUCUCUCGCUUUUACACGCUUUACGCUCUUUUUUUGUUUCAUAGAGUGAGGUAUGAGAGAGUGCAGAUAGACCAGAAUUUUUUUCAAGUGUGGCGAAUUUUUUUUUAAAAUUUUCUUGGAGAGAAAGAUCUACUUUUAAUUUGAGUAUUCUCCUUCAAAAAUAUGCAUUUAUCCUGAAAAAAGUUUCAUUUUGGUAUUCUCAAUCUGCGGGAUAAAAGCGAUGUCGCUGUCACAUUGACGAUAUCGCGUAAUUUCUGUUUGUUUGCAGCGCCGGUGUUACAUAUCCUUAGCGCGAUCUCGCAUCUUUAAUUUUUUUUUUCGAGUUUGAGAGAAACGCGAUGUCACGCAAUAAAUGCGAUAUCGCGAAAUAAACGCGAUUUCGCGCAAAGAAAAAAAGGCGACAAUGCAGUACACUUGCGAGGUUAUCAAUGUACCGCCAGCGACCUCGCGCCGGCAGUUAUCUUCAGCUUAAAAAAAAGUUUUACAUGCGUUAAAAAUCACUCGAGCCUUUUUCCAGCAAGUUCGCCCUACCGAACGGCUACAAAAUCGAUGUUCAAGCCAGCGUAAAGUCUUCCCUGCAGUUGACUGGUUUCGUCAAUCCGGACGGUUCCAGGGUUCUUGUCGCUUUUAAUAAUGCAACGGUUUUCUCAACUCUUCCGGAACUUGAUUCUAAGAAUUUUUCCAGGACACUGCAAAAACGGUCGUCGUGAAGGACACGAGCAACCCGAAUUCAUAUUUCCAGUACUCGGUCGGAGCCAACACCAUAACAACUCUUUAUAUUCAAUAA